GUCUCCCCGCCCCAUAAAGGGUCCAUGGACGGGAUGCAGGGUCCUUAGUCACUGCCGCUAAAUGGAGGGGUGAAGCCUGGUGCGCGUGAUUCCGUCUUCUAUAAUUGAACAACGGCUGCUUGUGGCUGUUCACAAACGACACUGUCACGCUCAGCGCGCAGCACUCUGACCGAACUUGUGCGACAGGAGCGUCUUGACGAGAAUGGCAUGUGUCGAUAUGCAACGUCACUCCAUCUACAACGAUGAACCGUGUAGGCGACAGCGAAAGACCAAGACACUCUGCUGAUGUCACGGGAAGCUAGCUGGCAGGCUGGACAACCCGAGCUGCGUUGCAUCAAGAGAUGAAGCACAGCGUGUCGCGGAGGCUGUCCUUCGAAAGAUGGCUCGACUCCACCUCAUCAAGGCACCAACCACUGAGCUGGCAACCCAUGACAUCGCCAACAUUUUCCUUGCACAACCACGGCGAUCUGGCGUCUCGGCAAGCGCCAUCGUCUCCGCAUGCAGCUGAACCAAUGCAUCCUUGUCGCACGUCAUUCCCACGCGUCUGCCAGGACUGACAACUCAGGUCAACUGCCUGCAAGUACAUCACCAAUUCUGCUACCCUCACCUCGCCCCCGUCUCGUGCAAAACAAUCCCCUUCUGACUUCCGCCCUCCCAGACAACCAUCCACCUGCCAAGCCUACAGCUACAGUCAAAAUGGGUCCCCCAUCCGCAACCGCAAUGGCCGGCCGGGCCUGGCAACGCUCUCAAGAAUCCGAACAAGACUACGAAACUCGAACCGCUGGCCAUUUCCCUGAAUUCGAAGCCGAUAUGCCUAGGCUCUCCCACCGCUUUCAGUUCUCUCUCAAGGACAACCUUUCAUCUUAUCUUGGCCGUAAUAAUCCCUUCUUCUCCAACGUGAACCCGGAGACGGAUUAUGUUUGGUUGCUCGACAAUACGGCAUACCAGAACCGGAUUGGCCGUUGGAAUGCUGAAUUCGUAGCUGCCUACUUCAGAAAGGGCAGUGGUAAGGACCUGUCAGAGGUCGUAGCGUGGGUCAGUGAGAAGCUAGGCCUAGCGGAUGAUUGCGAGGAGAGGAAGACGGUUGCAAGACGAUUGACACCCUUGUUGGACUCGAUUCUGCCCGCACACGCCGUCACCAUCGACCUCCAAGGCGUGAAUGCUAGACUUGGACCGAGUGGGCGAGACGGUAUCAGUUCGGACGAGCUAUCUGUGCCUGGUUCAGACUACCAAGACAAUCAAAUCGUCACUUCACAUGCAAUCAACGCCGAUGCGACGUCCCUCACAACUGUUUUCGCAAAGCCAAAGGGCUGGGCCAUCAUCAGCGACAUCGACGACACCAUCAAGAAGACGCUAACCCCAUCUCCCGUCGGUAUUCUGCAGACCACAUUCGCCGACGAACCCGAAGUAAUCCAAGGCAUGCCAGAGCUCUACAAGCAUAUGGUCACCGCCCUCUCCACCCCCGCAUGGUUCUACCUCUCCGCCUCCCCCUACAACCUCUACCCCUUCCUGCACACCUUCCGCUCAACCUACUAUCCGCCCGGCACCAUGAUCCUACGCGACGCCUCCUGGAUGAACCUCGCCGGCUUCCUCGCCGACCUGACCCAGGGCACCGAGGCCUACAAAGUCGACCGCAUCGAGAAAAUCCACGGCUGGUUCCCCAAACGCAAAUUCAUCUGUAUCGGCGACUCGACACAGUCGGAUCCCGAGGCAUACGGCGAAGCGUACCGCAAGUUCGGCAAGUGGAUUGGCGCAAUUUACAUCAGGAAGGUCAUGGGUGUUGAGGGCAUGAAUGAGCAGAUGAAAAAUGCGCCGGAGCGCUUUGAGAAGGCGUUCAAGGGCGUGCCGAGGGAGUUGUGGCAUGUGUUUGAGGAUCCGAAGGAGCUUUAUGCGAGGGUCGAUGCGCUGGUUCAGUCGUAAACCGGGUGUUGGGCGGGGUUUGUUGAGAGGGCGUUCUUGCUUGGCGUGAUACCAGUGUGAUGGCUGCUUUUUAGUAUGGUGGUGGGUGUUUGGCGUGUUGUUUUCUUCUUUCUAUAUUUCGCUUCGGUGGUAUGGGUAGACGAUUUACUAUAGUCUAUAUACUAGGCUGUUGUCUAUCUAAGUUCAGGCGUGUAAAAUACUCCUAAAGCCGAGAUGAUGUAGAGACAAAUGAAGUUGCCUGGCACGCCGCAAAUGAAAGAC